GCAGAGAGGGAUAGAGCGUCGGAGCUGCUGCUGCUCUUUCAUCAAUAAUCAGUCAUCAUCAUCUGAUGCGAUUGCUGUCGAUAACCUACAGAUCCACAGGGGACGGUCCGAUCAGCAGCUGGAAGCAGCUCCUGCCACUGACAUCUGUUUGCUGGGCACGCCUGUUCCCUCAGAGAUGAACUUUCUGCGUCUCCCGAGCAUGCUCACUGUGAUCAUCCUUUCCCUGUGGGAGAAGUCCGGCUGCGGGGCAAUGACGCUGAACUCCGUGGCGCUCCUUCAGGUGUCAGGAAGAGCACGAGGAGGGGGAGCGGGUGUCUACUCCACCCAGAGCAGGAGGAGGAGGAGCUGGGUGUGGAACCAGUUCUUUGUCCUGGAGGAGUACACGGGAGAUGAGCCGCUCUACAUCGGAAAGCUCCACUCUGACCUGGAUAAAGGUGACGGACAGGUGAGGUACGUCCUGAGCGGCGAAGGAGCAAUGUCCAUCUUCUCCAUUGACGAGGACACCGGAGACAUACACACCACCAAAAGCUUGGAUCGGGAGCAGCAGGCGUACUACACACUGAGAGCUCAGGCUCGAGACCGAAAUACCAACCUGCCGCUCGAACCCGAGUCCCAGUUCAUCAUCAAGGUCCAGGACAUCAACGACAACGAGCCCAAGUUCCUGGACGGACCGUAUGUGGCCCGGGUGGCUGAGAGGUCUCCUGUAGGUACGUCUGUGGUGACCGUGGUGGCGACAGACGCCGAUGAUCCAACCUAUGGAAACUCCGCCCACCUGGUUUACAGCAUCCUGCAGGGGCAGCCAUAUUUCUCUGUGGAGCCAAAGUCAGGUGUGGUGCGUACAGCCCUGCCCGACAUGGACCGGGAACUGCGAGACCAUUACCUGCUGGUCAUCCAGGCCAAAGACAUGAUUGGUCAGAUGGGAGGUCUGUCAGGAACCACAACGGUAACCGUGAUGCUGACUGAUGUCAACGACAACCCACCUCGCUUCCCCCACAAGAGUUACCAGUUCAGCGUCCCAGAAUCCACACUGGUGUCAGCGAUGGUCGCGAAGAUCAAAGCUCUGGAUGCGGACGCGGGUCCAAACGCUGAGAUGGACUACAGGAUCCUGGACGGGGAUGGACUGGGAACCUUCAGGAUGCUCACAGACCCCCACACACAGGAAGGACUGGUCAUCCUGAUCAAGACUCUGGACUUUGAGACCAAGACCAGCUACACUUUACGCGUCGAGGCAUCCAAUCGCUACAUGGACACCCGCUUUCUGUCAGCUGGGCCGUUCAGCGACGUGGCGACGGUUCGGCUGCAGGUGGAGGACGUGAACGAGCCUCCGUGUUUUUCCCCCCGCGUCAGCCAGAUGGCGGUUUCAGAGGCAGCGCCGGUGGGAACUGAGGUGGGAUCGGUUUCAGCUCACGACCCCGACGCCUCGAAUUGUCCCAUCAGGUACGCCAUCGACAGGAAGUCGGACGUGGAGAACUACUUCGACAUCGACAGACAAUCAGGCGUGAUCCGGACGAGCAGACGUCUGGACAGAGAGCUGAGCGCUCUGCACAACAUCACCGUGCUCGCCACAGAGAGCUGUAAGUCACAUGACAUCAGUUUGUCUUCCUGCGAGCGGCAGGUGUAUCUGACAGGUGUGUCUGUCUCAGUGGAUCACUCUCAGGUGGGCAAAGCCGUGGUUCUGGUCUCUGUGACGGACGUCAACGACAACGCUCCAAGCUUUCCCGUCGAGUACCAGACAUUCAUCUGUGAGGACGCCCAGCCGGGACAGAUCAUUGUGACGCUGAGCGCUGUGGAUUUGGAUGAACCCAAGAAUGGACAUCACUUCCUGUUUUCUUUGGCUGCCAAAGCUGCCUGGAACCAAAGCUUCAUCCUGAGAGACAACAACGACAACACGGCGUCUGUCCUGACAUGGCGGGCCGGGUUCCUGCAGCGGGAGCGGUCGCUUUACUUCCUGCCGGUGGUGAUCUCAGACUGCGGGACUCCGCCUCUCAGCAGCACCAACACGCUGACCGUCACCGUCUGCGAGUGCGAUCUUCAUGGAAAUCGUCGCAGCUGCAUCCAGGAGAUGUCAGCGCUGCUGCUGCCAGAAGGCCUCAGCCUCGCCGCUGUUGUCCUCCUCACCUGUCUCCUCACACUGCUGGGUGUCACUAUGGUAACAGGUGCCAUCAGACGCAGAAGGAAGGAGCCUCUGAUUAUUGACGAUGAGCGAGAUGUUCGUGAGAAUAUUGUUUGUUAUGACGAUGAGGGCGGUGGCGAGGAGGACACCGAGGCCUUCGACAUGUUCACGCUGAGACACCUGAACGAGACCAAACGGAGCAACCGUGCCACCGCCGCUGAGCCCCCGCCGUCCAGGAAAGAUAAACACCAACUGUUCCAGGAGUUCAUCAAGGACCGGCUCCGGGAGGCCAACCUGGACGUGACGGCACCACCCUUUGACUCUGUGCAGACGUACGCUUUGGAGGGCAGCGGGUCAGCUGCUGUGUCGCUGAGCUCGUUUAGCUCGUUAACCUCGCUGGAGUCGGAGCAGAGCUACCACUUCCUGAGUGAGUGGGGGCCAAAGUUUCGGAAGCUUGCAGAACUCUACAGAGACCGCGAGGGAGGUGGUGCCUCAUAGAGUGCGUGGACAUACAGGUGCAGAGAGUGUGGUCUGUUUAGCCCAUCUGAACUGGAUUAGUCCUCACACCAGGAGCUCUGAGCACCCGGAACCAGAGCAGAACCUGUAGAAGUACCGGCAGCUGGACCUGGACCUGGAACCAGCCAGCUCGAGCUUGAGCUGCCUGACUGGACCUUUACGUAGUUACUGUGAAAUAUUUCCUGCUGUUGCUACUUCACAAUAAAAGCUUGCCAGUGAUGCUGCUUUUAUUUUGUAGGCCUGAAUGUGUAACAACAGAAAUAAAACUGAGUUUAUGAAAACUGCAGCUGCUGUUUUUCCUGCUGUAACACGUCCCAAACGCUCAGCCUCUCCAUGCUGAUGUCGUCCUGUGAAGUAUGCACAACUCUGAAUUUGGAGGAAAAACUUUUCAGCAAAACAUUUUUUAGUUUGUGAUUCACUUUGAUUUUUCUUUUUAAGAUUCUGAUGAGUCC